AUGACAAGACAGCAACUGAUAUUGACUUUGAUUCUACUGAUCUGUAUUAUUGUUUUUUUUGUAUGUCAGUACAACCAGAGUCCUUUGAAAAUGUCACCCUCCAGUUACCUCAUAUUCAACCACACUGUCUUUUUAAGUCGUUGUAAUGGAAUGACCAACACAACUUUUACUGCAGUCAGUGAUCCUUUGAUAAGUGCAGAGGAAUGGGAGUCUCUGGUCAAAAAUCUAAUGUGGCCACUACCACCUAAAGCCUUCUCAUCCACAGAGGCUACAGAUGUGACCAAAUGCUCAUUCUCUAUUGUCAACCCUGAUUCAAAUCACACAGUUGGAGGGUUUGUGGAUGUGACAAUAAAAGCUAGAGAUGCUCAAGCACAGGACAAAACCUAUGGUGGGGACUUUUUCCAGGCCAAGUUGUAUAAUAUGGAGCUCAAGGCCAGUACUUAUGGAGCUGUAACAGACCACUGCAACGGCACCUACACUGUCCGUCUUGCUCUGCUUUGGCCUGGUCCUGCCAAGGUGUCCAUCCGCCUGGUACACUCCAGUGAAGCUGUGCAGGUACUUUGUAGGCAGAGAGAGCAGGACCCAGAUAAGGUCUACUUCCUAGGCCACUUUACGGAGGGUGACAAGCAGGAAACGGCAAUCUGCAAUGCCCAGAGAAGUUCUAGGUUGGUGGGGGACAGCAAGCAGUGUUGCUGUGAGUACAAAGACCCAUACACUGAAGAAUACUGGUGGUGUCGGCGGCCACCUUCCUUGCCUUGUCAGACGUUGACCUACCACAGCAUGGGUGGUUACCAGGCAGUACUCUCAGAGUCAGAAAAGACACUUCUUAAGAGGAAGUUUUGGUGCAACCAAACAUCGCUUGUGCUGGAGGUCUACUACGAUGUCUGGGAGCUGGGCACCAGUGAUGUGCUGGGCAGUGUUCACCAUCCGUUUCAGGGCCUUCUGGUCGACCACAGAGCAUACGCCAAACCACACUGUGACACAGUUCGUCAGAAUGCUCCCAUUUGUGCAGCGGUAGAAGUUCACAAGGAUCUUGGAAGGCGCUCCUGCACCUUUGUGACCAGGGUUGAGGUGUUGAGGGUCCAGGAGAGGUCUUCGGAGAUGUGGAAACCUAGGAAUUUGAAGCUGGACACAUGCUCCAUCUAA